UAUCCCUAUGACACUUAUUAAUUGUAAAGUUUGUGAUCUCAUCUCCAAUUCUCUGAAUCAGAUCGUAACUCUUUGCCUGUGGCUCCCAACAGAAAAUGUGUCCUUGGUGACCACUACCUUGUACUAGCAUCACCGGAAUGUAUAUAAUCCCACUGGACUUUUAUCUGGCUUCGAGGAUAAGGACAUGUCAGCUUUACCCACUACCCCUAGUUUUUAUUUCGAUUUACAGGUGUCCAAGUAUUUCAAUGUCGCUGGUUUGGUAGUAUGGAUGUUUGACUAUUGUGUGUCUUUGGACGCGGAGGUACAUUGGAUAUGGCAAAGACAAUGGAAUUUUGCCCGAGUGGUGUUUACAGCAGCGCGCUAUAUACCGUGCGUCGGUGCUAUCAUGACCGUGAUCAAUUCCAAUACAGAUCAGACGGGAAAUUGUACACCAUUCGAAAUUUCUUCAAAUCUGAUGCACGUCUUGGGCAUCCUUUCUGCAGAGGGUCUUCUCGCUGUGCGAACUUAUGCCCUCUGGCAGGGCAAUAAAAAGGUGCUGGCGGGAAUACUGGUAUUCGGCUUGUUUUCCAUUGGAGGGAGCAUUUCCGUACCAUACUGGAAGAGCAGUAGCCGUAGUAGUUGCCUUUUCCUGGGAGACACGACUUAUGCUAUACAAUAUGGAUUUGUGCUAUUUUUUGAACUUCUUUUGCUAAUCACGACCGCAUUGGCAAGUUUCAGGCAUUACCGCUUUGUUAAAGGUCUAUUGAUUACCAUACUUAUUCGCGAUGGUGUGAUGUAUAUGGGUUGUAUAAUCUGGCUCUUUGGAACAUUAGCUGUUACUAUAAUUAACAUCAUCGUUAACAUCGCGGUUCCGCUUGGAUACGCAAACUCACUCGAUGCGCUACAGCUUGUCUUGCAUAGCGUUCUGGCCUCCCGCAUCUUCUUCCACCUCCGUGAGAGCUAUGUCGGCGGACUUAUCGAAAUGUCGUCGUUCUCAGUCCCAACAUCAGGACUUGGAGAAUCGACUCUGCCAACCUGAAUCGUAGGACGUGCGCUCCCGUUCCCCAAUUCUACGCCCGUAUGUGCUCGCCAAGAGCUGACUUGAAGGAUUUCAUAUCCUGAGGCUGUCAUAAUACGCCUGUGAUUGAACCACCUCACUCUGUUGCCUCGCUGGAACUCCUUUUUCGAAGCUAUACAAAUAGCUUGGUUUGCUGGAUGAUCGGAAAAUUUAUGAUGUACUGAUACUAUAAUAUCUGGCUGUACUUCGGGCUUCAAAGUUUUUAGGAUAAUGUAUACAAUACCUCUAAGCGUAUAUUUUAUAAUAGGAAAAUGCUAAUAUGACAACACAUUGUAACUAA